GCCCAGUUAACGAAGCAGUGUGGGCAACGCGGGCUGCUCCAGCGGAGGUCCUAGCCACCCUGACAUUGACCCUGACCCCUGCUGGAUACAGAAAUGGCUAACAAUUUCACUACAGCGCUGGCAGCAUCUCAGGGCAAUAACUGUGACCUCUAUGCACACCACGGCACAGCCAGGAUACUAAUGCCUCUGCAUUACAGCCUUGUCUUCAUCAUCGGGCUGGUGGGAAACCUGCUGGCCUUGGUUGUCAUUGUUCAAAACAGGAAAAAAAUCAACUCAACCACUCUCUAUUCAAUGAACUUGGUGAUUUCUGACAUCCUGUUUACCACAGCCUUGCCCACUCGGAUAGCCUACUAUGCCCUAGGCUUUGACUGGAGGGUCGGUGAUGCCUUGUGCCGGAUAAAUGCCCUGGUGUUCUACAUCAACACCUACGCAGGCGUGAACUUCAUGACCUGCCUGAGCAUAGACCGCUUCUUUGCCGUGGUGCACCCUCUGCGCUACAACAAGAUUAAAAGGAUCGAAUAUGCGAAGGGUGUUUGCAUCUCUGUCUGGAUUCUAGUAUUUGCUCAAACCCUGCCUCUGCUCAUCAGACCUAUGUCCAAGAAGGAGACCGGCAGGACAACUUGUAUGGAAUACCCAAACUUCGAAGAGACGGCUUCCCUCCCCUGGAUCCUGCUCGGGGCGUGUCUGCUCGGCUAUGUGCUGCCCCUCGCAAUCAUUCUCAUCUGCUACUCCCAGAUCUGCUGCAAACUCUUCAAGACUGCCAAGCAGAACCCACUAACUGAGAAAUCAGGUGUCAACAAGAAAGCUCUCAAUACAAUCAUCUUCAUCAUCGUGGUAUUUGUUCUCUGUUUCACGCCUUACCACAUAUCAAUCAUCCAACACAUGAUUAAGAAACUCUGCUCCCCUGCCCUCGAAUGUGGCCAGAGAUAUUCCUUCCAGAUCUCCCUGCACAUCACAGUGUGCCUGAUGAACUUCAACUGCUGCAUGGACCCCUUCAUCUACUUCUUUGCAUGCAAAGGCUACAAGAGGAAGGUCAUGAAGAUGCUGAAGCGGCAAGUCAGCGUGUCCCUCUCCAGCGCCGUGCGGUCAGCCCCUGAGGAAAAUUCACGGGAAAUGACGGAGUCCCAGAUGAUGAUCCACUCCAAGGUAUCCAACGGGAGGUGAAAGGACACACCGGGCUUCACAGCGGAGCGAGCUGCGCAGUGGCCUCUGCAGACCGAGCUCCACCAACCGAGGAUGCACUGAGAUCCAGUCCAUCUCGAGGGAACAACAAAAGCAAGUUCUACUCCGUAGCUGAAACACUGUAUGUAUAAGGGAAGGCUGCCUCAGUCCGUCUUGCUGUAAAAAAACUGUUCUGUGCUCCUCAGAACACAAUCGCUACCUUCUCUGCAAACGAUAAGACGGAGUCCACUGUACGUUAUCAGUGUAAAAAUGUUAAUACUGUAAUAUAGCAAACAUAUUUCUUAAUUUACACCUCUUUGAAUUUUAGACUUUAUCUCCCCAGUUUUUAUUUGCUUGUUUGUUUUGUUCUGAGACAGGGGUUUUAAGGAAAAGUUUGUGGGAUAAAGAACAGGAAACAAAAGUAUCAGUAUGGCGGUGCCAGAGACCAGCGGCGGUUCCAAGUACAGCGAACAAAGGGUUAAUGUAGACAGCAAAGUGCUGGUGAGCAUCAGUGGCUGAGAGCAUGGAGCUCCUGCCAUGCAGUCAGGACAGCACUCUCAGGAAGAAGGACAGGGCUCUCCAGGGAGGCUCUCAGUGGAAGCAUGGCUACAUGCUACACUCCUCUGAGGACAGAAAAUACGCACGGAUGCUUUGUUUUCCUUGGCUUU